UUAUGCUCAGGUAGGAAGUUGGAGGAAUCGCAGGUGAGCGUCAGUUGCGGAAAAGAAGUCGCUCAUGGCAAUGCGACUUUUCCAAUAAAUGCUAUCAGAAAUGAUAGCGGCUGUUCAUUCUUAACGUACUUUUAUAGAAGAGGACGUCAGUCAUGGUGAACUGCGGGGUGUGCUGUGCCAACCUCAAAGACAACAAGACCCUGAUGAAGAUGGGCUUGGCACUGGUGCUGGUGGGCCAUGUCAACUUUCUGCUCGGGGCCCUGGUGCACGGUGCGGUGCUUAGGCACAUCAGUGUGCACACCGAGGCCCGCAUCUUGGUGUACGCCAUCGCUAAUGUCAUUGCCAUUGUGGCAGGCUUAAUGGGAAUUAUUGGUGGAAUAAUUGCGAUUGUUUUGUCUAAAAACAAGAAAAGCAGGAUUUUGAAGUGGGUCCUGCUGGUGUUCAGCUUCAUCGCAGGGCUCUUGGCAAUUGCCUCCACUUUGGGCUUGAUUGCUUCUGUGAUCACCGCCAUUGUACAAAAAGGACAAAGCCUGAUGACACACUGUACUCUCCUCAAACAUGGUGUAGAUUCUUCCAGUAUCACCUAUGAAUGCCCCUUUGACCCCACCCGCAUCUAUAGCACCACAAUCAUUUUGUGGGUGCCACUUAUCCUCACGUCUGUGGUGGAAAUGGUGUUCUCCUUCCGCUGCUUUGCUGCUUGUACGUCCUUCCUGUACCUCUGUCCAUGUAGGCGGAAGCCCACCAUAGCAAAGAGGGUCCGCAUCCAAAGGGCUGCCGCAAUUGCCCAGUCGCCUCCCUCUGAGGUGCCGCCCGAACUUGAUACAGAGGCCAUGGAACAGGAUGAGCUGCUGGACAGCAGUGCUGUAGUAGAGCAGAGCCACUGGCUCUGAGCACAAUGAAUCAAAUAAGGGGUUGGAACUGCUUAUACCUAAGUAACAUUUGGAGUGGUAAAGACAUUUGUCUUGAAUAUUUUUUUCUACAUAAGCUUUUUUUACUUGUUGAAACUGCCAUUUUAUGUGAUGAUCACAGUGUGUAUUAAAAAUGUUAAUACCA